AUGAGCUGCCCAAUGAAGUUGGUGGUGGAUGAUCAUAGCUUCAAUGCUGAAGGUUUUGACUUGGGACAGAAUGCUGAUGUUGGUGCAUCGGUCAUCCCACUUGAUUCAGAAAAUCUUGCUGAGGCACCAUUGAUGUUAUCAUUCAAGAACCUUGAGGUGUCUACUGUAUAUGACCCAGAUUUCAGCACCGUACAAGAAAGCAGGGAUAAUUGCCUGGUACACAAGAAGCUUGUGUUCAGUCGAAUGCGACCCCAAGCUACAUUGGAUGUGGAUAUUGCUCAAGGGAUUAUUGACACUAAUGCUUUUCUUGUGACCAUUGCCAAUAAAUCCGGAGUGGAACUAUUUGCAUUCCUGCAAAAGGACUUUGGCAACAGCUGUGAGGGUACAGACAAGAAACACGAUGUGGUGUAUGCCAGUUUGUGUUUCUGCAGCCUACCUGAAUUCUUCUCAAAUUGCAUGAUCGAAGUGCGCUGCAACCCUGAGCCCUACUGCGCAGGGCGAGCUCGCGGACGGAUUUCGAGCCAUUUGACGUCUGAAAGCAGCCCGAGGGAGGUGACUGAAGGUGUCAAGCGGGGGGCACCGUGUAGGGCUGUGCGACAGGGCGUCAGCCCCCCACAGCGGAGCGACGCCCCCAGCCUAAAGUUGUGGAGAGCGGCCUUAAAGCAAGACCAGCCCGGAGCUCUAGAGCUCGCCAGUGUAACUAACCCCCCCUCUCCUCCAUUGACAACCACACUCGCGUCAGUCAGGGGGGGCAGAUUUUCUUUUGAGCCCACGUGGCUACUCGGGAAGAAGAAUCACCCUGGAAAACAAGAACGUGGGAACGGCCCCUGCUUGUGUUCUCCGGCCGCCACUCGGUCCCACUGCCCCUGGGGAACAGCGCGGAGCGGGCCCGUUCCCGGCUCGCCUCCAGCACUUUUUGAGCUCUCAGCUGCACGCCUGUCCCCGGGACGCUGCAGUCGCAUCCAUUUCAGCGCCGCCCGGCACGAGCCGGGCUACGAAGCGACUUUAAGUGACACGACACUGCUCGUGGUGCAGGGAUCAAACGGGACUCGCCUAGCGCCCUGGGAUUUGUGCAAAGUAUGUUCCUGUUACGCUGGGACAUCGAUUACCAAGAAAGGUCACCCCUUCUUCCAGAUCAGCUUUGAGUGAAAUAUGCGAUUCAACGCUGACUUUUGUGAGUCUGCCCGUCUUCCCCUCCUUGCGAAGAAAUAUGAACGAAGAAGGGUGCUGUCGUUAGGUUUAAAGCGACGUGCAGUUAAUGCAAAGAGCUUGCCCUUGUGUGUUUUUCCUCCAGGUGGGGGUGGGGGGAGGGUGUUCAAUUUGUUGUUGUACUUCGAGGAAAUCUUCAGCAGUUCCCCCCUGCCCCAACCACUUUCUCUCGCGUUUGUUCCUCAGUACUUGCCUCUUAAGUCACCUUCCAGGGUGACUCCUCAGAGGCUGCCCACUAGCAUAGACGCAACACAUCUGGAUCUAGGCAUUCGGGGGGUCACUCCUAUUUCACUUGAACUUCCUUCCGGGGUUUUGGUGGUAAUACAAGUCAGAUAUUCCAGGAAGACAUCUUAUGUCUUUCUAUAGCUGAAACUGUGUGUGUGAGGGGGAAGUCACACACAUGUAUAUUGGACUGAAAAUUCAAAUAAUGUUAAUACAAGAGCAGCAUAUUUCAACCGAGUGCCGUUAGACAGGCUAAAAUAUGUAGCCUGCUAGAUUGUGGAAAAUUCUUCCAGUGGACGUGGCUGGAAGUCCAGGGUUUAAAAUCGGAGUGGAUAAACCAUUCAACUCCACAAGGAACAAUCCUGCACUGACAAAGGGACAGACUCUCACAUAGCAGAAGUUGAGGUUCUGUCAAUACAGUGCAACGCACUUUCUUUUCGAUGCCCUGGGGUUUAACAGAGACCCUAUCCCGAGGGAGGGGAGACAUGCCACCGUUCUUUUAAAAUAACAACAACUGGCUGUAACAGCCACCCAAGAAGCGACUUCGAAGUUUACAAUAUAGCGAUGGCUGGUCAGUUUUAUUGGUAGUGACCCGUGUUCAUAGUGUACAGAUUUAUCCGCACAUGUGCUUGGGGUCUGGCUCAGGUACUGAGCGACCUCAGCUCACAUGUCAGUAGAGGCUCAGGGUUUCCGGCACCUCGCAGGAUCAGGGGAACUGGGCUUAAGGUACCGCAUUUGGGAAAGGCUUAGAAAUUAUAUGAACCUAGUAGACUUUCUUCGGACUCUCAGGAGGGAAGAGGGGACCUGGGACAGCCCUCGCGCCUGCUCUUGUUUUAGGUUGUGGAAACCUCGGCUGAACCAUAUUGCAGUCCCUAGCGUGUGAAUGAUUGACACUGCCACAAUGCUGAGGUCCGGGGAAGAGAUGGGGGCGCAGCAGCUGCCCUGGGGGGCGGGAAGUUUGGAGACUAGAGCCCCCAGGACUCCGAGCAUGACAUACCAGGGGAUCCAAAAGGCAGCGUGACCAAGGCAAGACUUCCCCUCCCGGCACACUGGUGUUUUCUCUGUUUAACACAGAACAAAGGAGAGGGGGCACAGCCGCUGCUGGAGAAAUCAAAGCAGGCGAGAGGUGACAAUCCCACACUGUGUGAGCGUGUAUCUGCCUCACACUGAGCGUGCACAUUGUGUGCGUCUGUAGCUGUCUCGUGUAGUGCGCGUCCAUACCGGGCCCAGCCCCCAGGGCUAUGGAUGAUCUGAAUGGGCAUCACUAGACUCCUGCCUAGCUUGCCAAGCGGAUGUGUAACCGCUGGAAUUCUCCCCCUCUCUUUUUGCUUGCUAGUGUGUGUGUUUGGGUUUUGUUUGACCUUCUUGAGCGAAAGAAAGCGGCCCCUGUGAGCUGCUGCUGUCAGUCCUCCUCCAU